GUUCAAAGUUCAGCAGCCAACACACACAUGCGUAAAAAACAAGACAUCUUUCUGGAAGAUUCUGACUCAGUCCUAUUCCAUUUAAAGCCCUCGUCAUGAUUUCUUUUCUCUCUACUGGUAACUGAAGGAAGUGUUACUUAUUACUGACAGUUUUUGGAUUCGGCAGAUAUUUAGAAUAAGAAGAAACAGGAAAUGGCAAGCUCAGGUGAAAACAAGGAUGGUAGUUCAUCGUCGACUCAACGUAGAUACCCAAAUUCCAUGGAAGGCGUCUUGCAAAUGGCCAUCGCCAACACGCCCACCGAGGAGGCAGCGAGUGGAGACUCACAAAGAACAGAACCAACCCCUCUUGAUCCGGAGAGGAAGGAGUUUCUUGAGAAGGUGUUCGCGGAAAUGUACAAAGAUGAGGUCAAAGAGAUGAAAUCGCUUUUGGAGGUGGUGAGACUCAAGAUGGACUCGGAACUUGAGGAGGAUGAGGAGAACGUAGAAGAGGCUCUGGAGAACCUUAAAGACCUCAGCGAUACAAUCGAUAAUGCACAAGACUUCCACAAAGUCGGUGGCACACAACUCCUCCCCCAGCUAAUGGACCAUCCCAGGUCAGAGGUCAGAUCGAGAACGUUUGACUUGAUAGCCAACCUGGUCCAGAAUGUUCCACUCAACCAAAAGGUGAUGCUGGAAAUGGGAGGGAUUGAGAAAAUGCUGGAUGCGGUGGACAAAGACUCCUCUCCUACUGUUAGGGUGAAGGCCCUUUAUGCUUUAUCAUGUUUAGCCAGGGAUCACGAAGACUGUCAGAGGGUUUUCGUUGAGAAGGACGGCUUCUCCGUUUUAAUGCGUGCCAUGCAGAGCGACGUGGAGAAACUACAAAUCAAGUCGGCAUUCAUGCUCCAAGCUUUCUUCCAAAUGCCGACAGAUUUCAAAGAAACUUUGUUUAAAAUGGGAAUGGUGCACCAGCUCAUUGGUUUGCUCCAGUUGGAGCACACGCCAACUCACGAGUAUUUUAUGUCAGCCUUGCUCAACCUCAUUUUGGACCACCAAGGCUGUAUCAACGACUGCAAACAGCCAGACCUCCGCUUCAAGGAAUUUCUUACGGCUAGGGAAGAAUUACUGAAAGGGAAACCCGAAUACGAGGAAGAACACUCAUACUGUCAGCAGCUAAUGAAAGUGUGUUUCAAUGGUAACCAUGGCAUCCAAACUACUAUUGACAGAUGACAGUUGACAACUCAAAGAAAAAACACCAGUACUUUGAGUGAAAUGUGGGAAAUAUUAAAUGAUCCCAUAUGAAACAACUAUGUUUUUUUAAUGUUUUUUAUUUUUUUAUUUUGAGGAUCUUUGCUGAUCAUUGAUUAUUUUUCAGGAGGAAUUUAACCAUUCUCUGAAAUUUCCUAUUGCAACAUGUGUGCAAAGUUGUGUUUGCAGGAAAAGAUGAUGUUAGAAAAACACUGUAAAAGUUACUUAUAUUAAGUACACAGUCAACCCUCAUACUGUGUGACCAUUCAAUAUCACCCACUGUGGUUUUGUAUGAUAGAUGAACCAUAACUUGCUCUAUGGGUGAACUACGCCAGCCUGGAAUAAUGAUAUCGUGUGGUGAAUGUAACAACACAGUACACAGUCAAUCUUCCUACUUUGUGACCAUUUACUAUCACCCCCUGUGGUUUAUUAUGAUAGAUGAACUAUGCUAGCCUGUAAAAUGAUAUCAUGUGGGUUAAUGCGUCGGCACAGUACACAGUCAAUGUGUUAAACUUUUACAUCUAGGCUUGAUUUUUAUUUCGAGAAAAUAAUUUCUUUUGUAAACUCAUUUAUUGUUGGACAAUAGUUUAAGAUUGGAGGGUGUUAUUGUUGUACAGUUGAAUUUAUGAAAAUAAAGAAAACUUUUAAAAAUA